AUGACACUUAUUGAAACAUUUUCUUCAAUAUCGCCUAUUAAUAAGUGUAUUUGCCUUAAGUCUAAAGAAAGAAACCAAGAUGCAUUUAAGUUAUUGAAAGAAAUAGAGUUAUUCACCAAACCCAUUAUGAGUUCCAGAGGAUGGAAAGUGGGUGUAUUAGCUGAAUUUUUUCCAAAAAACAAAACCUUAUUAGGAUUAAACAUAAACAAAGGAUCUAAAAUAUGUAUAAGACUAAGAACGUGUAAUGAUGAGAAUACAUUUUAUCCUUUAGAUUAUUUAAUUGAAAUAAUGUUACAUGAAUUAGUACAUAAUGUUCUCAUAAUGAAAAGUUUUAUGGAAAAUUUAUUAAAUAAAUUAAAUUCGGAAUUUAAUCAAUUAUUAUCUUCUAAAUAUUAUGAAAAGGAUGCGUAUUCUAAAAGCUCUAAACUUGAUAAAGGAUUAAAUAUUUUUACAAAUUGUAAUGGAUUGCGAUUAGGAGGCAAUGGAAAUACUGAAAAUAAAAGUUUACGAGAUUUAAUACGAGAUGCAACAGAAAAACGCAUAAAAAAUUUAAAAUGGUGUGAAUCAAAUUCAUGUAUUGUAAUUAAAGGUAAGAAAACUUUUAGUAAUUUUGAAGGAAAAGAAUUGUUUUUAAAAUCAAUAGAACCAAAUUCUAGUUUACAUAAUUCUUUAAAGAAACAAAAAAAAAUAUUUGAAUCUGAAUCUUUUCAAAGUAAUAUGGUCUCAGAAAAUCAAUGGUCUUGUUCAUUAUGCACAUUUAAAAACAAUGAAAGUUAUUUACAGUGUGAAAUGUGUUUAUUAGAGCGUUCUAACGUUUCAGAAUUUUUAAAUGAAAAAUGGAAAUGCUCUGCAUGUUUAUGUGUUAAUCAAAAAAAUCAAUAUUCUUGUGAAUUUUGCAAUACAAUACGAGCUUAA